AUGACUGGCAUUAAACAGCAACAUAUCUCUGUCCCGGGUACAGAGCUCUUGAUCGACCAGGAUAAAUCUCAUGCUAUACAACAGUACCAAUAUGUUGCCCAUGGGGAUUCACGCUUACUACUCGUGCCACAGCCUUCAUUAACGGAUCCCAAUGAUCCCUUGUUGUGGCCUCGAUGGAAGAAAUGGGCCGUAUUUGGCAAUAGUCUUUUCUUCGCUUUCAACGGUGGAGUCACAGGCCCUAUGAUGGCUGCUGGAAUUAUCGGCUUAUCUGCAUUCUUCCAACGUUCACUUGCCGACAUCACCUACAGUAACGGCGCUACCUUGAUUUGUCAAGGAUUCGGUACACUUCUUUGGAUGCCAAUGACAGUCAAAUUCGGUCGUCGACCUGUAUACUUGCUCUCCAACUUGCUCAUGGGUAUCGCCUGUGUCUGGUUAGCCAUCGCCUCCGAAAAGACGUUCCCCGUAUUCGUCUGCGCUCGUGCAUUCCUCGGUCUUUUCGAAGCCCCUAUCGAAGCAAUAGUCCCCAGCACUAUUGCUGAUAUAUUCUUUCUGCACGAAAGAGGAGAAAAAAUUGCGCUGUAUGGACUCUCAGUCCUUGGCGGGAAUGAACUCGGUCCUCUCUUCUCAGCAUAUAUCAUUCAAUAUUUAAGCAUGAGAUGGGCCUUCUUCAUAAUAGCCAUCGCUAUCGGACUGAGUUUGGCUUUAAUGAUCUGCUUGAUGCCGGAAACCAUGUUCGAGGGACACCGUCCGGUCAUCGUUCUCGUGCAAAACCAGGGUUGCAAGCAGGAGGAAGGGGGAAAAUCGUCGUCCAAACACAUUGAAACUGAAGAGCCAGUAUCGGAAGAGUCAUUGAUCGUCAUGAAACGCACAUAUAUGCAAGACCUUUUCAGUGUUACUGUGAAUAGAGAUGUCAACCUCUGGGCCUUGUUCAAACGUCCUUUCAUUCUCAUGGCGUAUCCAACCGUGCUUUGGUCCAGUCUAAUCUAUGGCAUGAGUUUAAGCUGGAAUGUUAUAUUGGGGGCUUUGGUCGCCCAGUUAUUCUCACCACAACCAUAUAACUUCUCCUCAGGCUCCCAAGGCCUUAUGUUCAUCUCUCCUUUGGUCGGCUCUCUGGUGGGAACGUACCUCUGCGGACCCCUUGCCGAUCGAACAGCAACGUGGUUCACAGCCCGCAACAACGGUGUGCGAGAGCCUGAAAUGCGUCUUCCAACCUGCAUUAUCGCAGCAUUUCUCACAUUCCUGGGCGCUUUGAUUUCCGGUCUCACAUACAACUUUAAAACCCACUGGGCUGGUCCUAUUGUUGGAUUCGGAGUGCUCUCCGCUGGUGCACAGAUGGGCGCCACUCUCGCUAUCUCAUACAGUCUGGAUUGCCAUAGAGAGCUAUCUGCGGAAAUUAUGGUAACAAUUUCAUGUCUCAAGUCACUCGUUGCGUGGGUCUGGACUUGGUGUAUCAAUGACUGGGUUGUAGCAAGUGGGUUUCUGACUGUCUUCAUGGUUAUAGCAACGGUUAACACUCUUGUGUAUGGGACUACUUUUGUCUUCCACUUCUAUGGAAAGUCGAUUCGGAUCUGGAUUCAUAAGAAAAAUUUCAUGGAUCGGAAGUGA